UGGUUGGCGUCAACCAUGGCGGGCCUGGACGCCGACGAGGUGCAUGAUGGGAGGGAGGUUAAGGUUCAAAACCCAUGCAGCAUGCGGCUAGCUCGCUGCGGAGUGAGCUCCCAUUCUCACAACACCAACCGGCCGCUUGCACAGACGUACGAGGAAUUGACAAGAUGGCUUCUUCCUUUGUCGACUCUCUCAUGCGCCUUAUCGUCCCCAAGCGGCGCUUGCUACAUGCAAGGGGCAGGAGCCGCCUCGACGAAGAACAAGCGACGAACGUGGACUCGUCAGUUUUGGGGUCCUCAACACUGGCACCGAGCCACAUCCACACCGUGGGCCAUCGCGUGUCUGGCGAUGACGCCCUCGUCCUCUUCCGGCUGAUGCUGGGCAUUACCGCGGACCCCCAUCUUGGCUUCAACUCAUCCGCCCUCCGCCCGGCCGACAAUGUCGGGCUCUACGCCCGCGUCGUGCACUCGGAACAAACAGCAAAGGACAACUACAAGGUCUUCUCGGCAGCCAUCAACGCGUGCUUCUUUCUGCAGAUCAUCGUCGCCGCCGCCCUGACCGCCCUCGGGGCCGCCAACGCCGACAACAAGGCCAUCACUGCGUUCGGAGCCGUAAACACGAUUAUUGCGGGUUUCCUCAGCUACCUCAAGGGCUCCGGCUACCCGGCCCGUUUCAGGCAGAACGCCACCGAGUGGAAAAGGGUGCGCGAGUUCAUCGAACACCGCGAGCGCGACUUCUCCCUCGAAGGCUGCACCCUGGACGUCUACGAGGUGGUCGACACCAUCCGCGAGAUGUACGACAACACCAAGCGGGAGAUCCAGCUCAGCACGCCCGAGGCGCACAGCCCCAAGAUGAACAACGGCGGCGUGGACACGGCCAAGGCCGAGGCGAUAGCUAGCAAGCUCCGGGGCCUGGAAGAGACGUUCAAGAAGCUGAGGGGCCACGCGGGGGCCGUGGACGCAAAGUCGGACGACGUCAUGGCCAAGGUGCGGAGCCUGGGCGAAGCCGCCCACGCCAAGGUGUCGGGCGGCAUUGACGUCAAGCCACACGCCGACGAAGUGGCGGGUAAGCUGCGGCCGGGCCUGGACGACACGGCGCAGAAGGUGGGCGCUCAGGUUGGGGCCGUGUCGGAGACGGUGGAGGCCAAAUCGACGGAUCUCCUGGCGAGGCUGCGGAGCCUUGAGGACACGAUCGACAAGGUCAAGAGCAGCGUCGAGAAGACGGUGCAGUUCGGGCAGGAGACCGCACACAGUGCGGCCCACGGCGCGGCACAAAACGUAGCGCUCGCCGUCCAAGAAAAGGAGAAGGAGGCUGCGGUGGGAGUACGCAAUCUGGGGAAGGCCGUCAGUAUGGAGGUUGAGGAACGCAGGCCACGCACACCCCGUGGGGUCUCCGUCACGGUGGUGAAUCGGGAUGGUAAUGUUGAGGCUGAGGCGGCGUUUAAGAAAUGAUGGGAGAUCCAGCCGGUUGGUUAGUGUGGCGGUUCUUGGGAACAUAGUCGAGGUCGUUGAGCUCGUUUGUGUUCCGAACACUCCGAUCACUUGGUUACAAUAACAGCGAUACCUGGCGGACGGAGGAUUGUUGGGCUGGAAUUGCUGGCAGGUACUGUGUUACUUGAGAAAUUAUCAGUGGGAAAGGCUUUUCUUGUCGUAUACGAACAAGCAGGCUGGCGGCUUAUAUAUCAGCGCCCAAGAUCCUGCACCUCGCUGCUGCGAGUUCUGUUCAUAGCUCCUCAAGCUACAUCUUGACAAUCAAGCCUGCCCGUACCUGACGGAAUAGAGCCUAGAAU